CAAACUCUUUAUAAAUACCAAAGCCAUUCUCACAGAAACUUUCAUCCAAAACCUUCAUAACCUCCUCGGUUUUCUCUCUACUAACUUCAUUCAUUAUAGUAUAUUUUUCAUUUACUCUCUUAAAAUGGCAAAAAAUGUGGCUCAAUCACCUCUUGAGAGGAAUAACCUGGCUUCCCUUGACAACAAGUUGGCCAUGGCCAAGCGCUGUUCUCAUGAGGGUGUAAUAGCAGGAGCUAAGGCAGCAGUUGUUGCUACUAUUGCCACUGCCAUUCCAACUAUGGCUAGUGUGAGGAUGCUGCCUUGGGCAAGGGCUAAUCUCAAUCACACUGCACAAGCGCUCAUAAUCAGCACAGUGGCAGGAGCGGCAUAUUUCAUUGUGGCUGACAAGACCGUUUUGGCAACUGCAAGGAGGAACUCCUUUGAGCAAAUCUCCAACAAUGAGGCAUAAUAUGGAAUCACUAGCAUGGCUUUAGUUAUAUAUGUUAUUGGGCUUUAAAACCAAUUAUUAUGUAAACAUACCAUCUGAUCUUGAUAGAUAUAUAAAUAAAGAUGGGUUUACGUUUCCAUUCUAA